GUCGGCGUAUGUAUGUCUAUAAACGCAGUUUGUGUCAAGAGAGCCAGCAGUGUGGUCACGAUGCAGCUGGCGCUGUGGGCGUUGUUCCUCGUGGCGGCCACAGCUCAGGAGCUGCCGGUACAUCGCACGGCGUACGACGUUGAUGACAAUGUGUGGGGACACGAACAAUCACACAGACGGACCGGUCGAGUGGUGGGUGGCGGGCAGGCGGCGCGGGGGCAGUUCAAGCACGUGGCCUACGUCAACGUGGAGGACACGACUGCCUGCGGGGCCGCGCUGCUCAACUCCAAGUGGCUGCUCACCGCCGGCGUCUGCCUCUCCGGGUACAUGAAGUGGGUGGUGUACCUCGGCAUUGCGGAUCUAACCACCUCUGAUGACUACUCCCUCGUCUUCCAGAGCAACACACGUCUCGAACACCCCGGUCUGAACACCGACAGCAAGUUGCACAAUAUUGGUCUCAUCUACGUCCCGUCCAAGGUUAACUACAACGAUUACAUCCAGCCCGUGCAGUUGCCGCGGUACGCGGACGUGGACAGCACCUUCGAGGGCGUCGACGUAAUGGUCAGCGGCUGGGGGGCGCAGGCCACUGGUGGUGCGGCGCCGGGAGUGCUGUGGUAUGCGUACUUCCAGCCCGUGACGAUCUGCAGUCCCGCCUGGUCCUACUGCGGAGUGGGCCGAUAUAACGAAGCCAUCUGUUCGGGUGACUUCGGAAGCCCGAUGCAGCGAGCAGAGGCGGACGGGAACUACACGGUGGUGGGCGUGGCCAGCUUCAUACAGGGCACCACCACCUGCGAGGGCGCCACCUCCGGCUUCGUCAUGGUGGCCGCCUACCUCGACUGGUUGGCUCGACAUACCGGUCUCGGAAUACGCCCAUGAUAGGAACAGCUUGUGGCUGUACAGAUGCGUGUGCCUUGCUAUUGUAGACUGUUUUGUGAAUUGCCCUAGGAGUCAAAUAACAGUAGACUUCAAAAGUUGGCUGUGUGUUUUACAGUUAUGUAAUAUACGAAUAG